UAUAGAAUCAAGCAAUUGUGAAAAUUCGACCCAUUACAUGGGCUUUAUAUGCCAUAAGUGGUAACCUUUGGAAGCAGUACUGAAACACCAUGGCGACAGCAAGGAUCCCGUUGUGUGCACUUCUUUUGGUGUUGAUCGUAGAAAAUGUAUGGAGCGGUCCAGCAUUCUACCACGACCCAGAAUCCUCGCACCCGCUGUCGGCUGUAUCGGGGCUGAGCUCUCGUCUGGCGGCGCACGCGCAGCGCGACGACGCGCGCCUCCCGCUGCCCACGCCGCAGGAGCUGGAGGCCAUCAAGAAGGUCGCGCAGAUCCUGGUUAUGCUGGGGGAACAGGUCAUCCCAGCGAUAAUUGGCGACCCACCGUCCCCGGGCAACUGCGAGGGGGCAGUCGAAGACGUCCCCAAUGACAUCGUCAAUAAUCCCUAACUAAACGUACUAUAUUUUUGAAAUCCAAUUUACAAUUAGUAAAUUAAACAAACAACGAACGCAGACAGCAGCUGAAGUAAUGCCAAGAAACUUUUAUAAAAACCGUUGUUUGAAUUUGUAAGCCCUUCUCAAAACUAAAAUAGCGCCAGCAGUCCUGGCAUAAUUGGCACAUUUACAGAUUCAAUAUGGGAAAUAUGUCAAAAUGUCGAAUAACUGACGAUUUAUUCCUUGAUUGGUCGAAUCCACUUAAGUCUGUCAUUUAUUUUCCUAUAAAAUUCAAGGUUAAGGCAAAAAUACGUCAUUUAACACUAAU